UUUACUAUGCAUUCUUUUCAUCCUAUUUUUCAAUUUUGGCUUUCAUUCAAAGGAUUCAAUGGCCUCUUCCUUCAACCACACGAACCCUUCAAUUCCCGUCGAGCCCGAGCGAGCGCUUCUCCACCGUAAAAAGCCUUUGAAGCAAGAAAAAUGCAGCGGGAGAGACAUAAGCAUAUCGCAGGGACAAGUUUCAACGUCGGGGAUUCCACAGUACGCCGUCGAAAUCAUGAACACGUGUCUCUCCGAUUGCGCGCCGUUGGAUGUUCAUCUGUCUUGCGGCAUGUUUUCCUCUGCAAACCUCAUAAACCCUAGACUUUUCAGGCGCCUGGGUAACGAUGAUUGUUUGGUGAACGGCGGGCGGGCAUUGAAACCAGGCCAAAUCAUCAGAUUCGUUUACUCCACCACCUUCAAGUUCCCUCUCGCUUUCAAAUCCGCCAAAUUCUGUUAACACCUUUUUCCUUCAC